AUGCCCAUGCAAACUGAAAAUGAAUAUGAAUUAAUCUGCCAAAAUUUAAUUUCAUUUAUUAUUGAUGACUCACAGCCAUUUAAUAUUGUAGAAUGUAAAAGUUUUCGAAAAUUACUACAUUCACUUGAUCUAAAUUUUUCAAUUCCCUGUAAUAAAACUGUAAAAACUACAGUUAGUAAAGCAUUUUCGUGGAGCAAACAACAAUUAACAAAUAUAAUAGCAAAUGAUAGUGUUACUGUAUCUAUAAUAAUGGACUUUUGGACAAGUCGUUGUCACCAUGGGUAUGUUGGAAUCACAUCAAUAUCAACAUUGGUUAAAACAUUAAAAGGAUUGCUUCAGCAAUCUUAUAUUGAAUCAGUCUCAACGGAUAUAAGUGAGUUAACUAUCUUUGACUCUAUGGAAGAGAUUAUAGAUGAUACGAAGGACUUUGUUGAAAUUAAAGAAGUUGAUCUAACAUUAGGAAUUGUUCAUAAAAAAAUUGAUAUAUCAAUGCCAAUGGUUACAAUUGGAAUGGUUGAAAAGGUCAAAAAAGCACUUUACGAUAGUAUAUAUAAGUACUGGCAAUCUGUUAUAGAUAUAGGAAUAUUAGCAUGUUUGCUUGAUCUAUGCUUUAAAAAACUACGUUUUGCAAAUACAAAUGUAAUUCAAAAAACAAAUGAACAGUUGAAAAGUUUAUAUGAAUCAGAAUGUGAAGUUUAUAAUUUUUCUAACCAUUCGGCAUAUUCAUCUAAUAUUCAAACCAAAGAUCUGGAAGCUAAUCGAGUUCAAAAAAAAUGA